AUGAAGAUGAGAGGAAUCCUUCAUGGAGAGAGCUUUCAAACACCAGGAAGGUAUAUAACACUUCUGAUAUUAUCAUCUUUGUUUUGUGGAGCAGUUUUGGAAGAGGUUCACUAUUCCAUCCCUGAGGAGAUGGCAAAGGGGUCUGUGGUGGGAAAUCUUGCCAAGGAUCUAGGACUGAAUGCCAGAGAACUGAAGAGCAGAAACCUGCAUAUCCUUUCUGAAGGUAAAAAGCCAUAUUUCACUAUCAGUGCACAAAAUGGAAACCUGUAUGUAAAUGAAAGGAUAGAUCGUGAGGAAAUAUGUGGGGAGAGUGUACACUGUCUGAUUAAUUUUGAAGCUGUGGUUGAAAAUCCUUUGAAUGUUUUCCAUAUUAUUGUAGCAAUUCAGGACAUUAAUGAUAAUGUGCCACAGUUCUUAAAGGAAAUCAUGAGGCUUGAAAUUGUUGAAUCCACAUUACCAGGUACAAGAUAUCAUAUUGGGAAAGCUGAAGAUCCUGAUAUUGGGAUUAAUUCUCUCCAGAAUUACCAGCUAAGUCCAAAUCACUAUUUCGUUCUAGACAUACGACAGAGAGAAGAUGGCCAUAAAUAUGUAGAAUUGGUGCUGCAGAAACCUUUGGAUCGGGAAAGUGAUCACUCCCUUCAGUUGAUCCUUACGGCCCUGGAUGGGGGUGAACCCAGAAAAACUGGGACUGCCCAGAUAUGGAUUAAUGUCACAGAUGCCAAUGACAACCCACCAGUCUUCACUCAAGAGGUUUAUACAGUUAGCCUGAGGGAAAAUUCCCCUGUGGGGUCCUCCAUACUCCAAGUAAAAGCCUCUGAUAGGGAUGAAGGUGUGAAUGCCCAAAUUCAUUAUACAUUUAGUAAUAUUCCAGAAAGAGCCUACCAAAAAUUUGACCUAAAUCCACAAAAUGGAACAAUUACAAUUAAGGAAGCUCUUGACUUUGAGGAAACAGAAAAGUACACUAUGACCGUUGAAGCAAGAGAUGGAGGAGGAUUAGUGGCUCACUCUAAUGUUGAUAUAAAGAUUAUAGAUGAGAAUGACAAUGCUCCAGAAAUCAUUCUAGCCUCCUUAUCUAGUCCAAUUCCUGAAGACUCUGUUCCUGGGACAGUAAUUGCUCUCAUCAACGUAAAGGAUAGGGAUUCUGGAGAAAAUGGAAAAAUUACAUGCCACUUACAAAGUAAUGUACUAUUUCAAAUAGUGUCAACUUCAAAGAACUACUAUAAAAUCCUCACAGACAGUCCUUUGGACAGAGAAAAAGCCUCAGGAUACAACAUCACAAUCACAGCCACCGACAAAGGUAGCCCCCCUCUCUCCUCCAACAAAACCAUCUCCCUGCAGAUUUCAGAUAUCAAUGACAACCCCCCUGCCUUUGAAAAAUCAACCUACAGUGUCUUUGUGCCUGAAAACAAUCCCUCAGGUGCCUCCAUUUUUGCCCUCAAAGCCUCGGACCCGGAUCUGGACCGCAACUCACGUAUCACUUACUCCAUCCUCAACAGCAACAUGGAGGAGCUGCCUCUCUCCUCUUACGUCUCCAUCAACUCUGAGACGGGAACUAUCUAUGCACAGCGCUCCUUUGACUAUGAGCAAUUCAGGGAGUUUCAGAUCCAAGUGAAGGCCCAAGAUGGUGGCUCUCCCUCUCUCAGCAACAACGCCACCGUGUGGGUGUACAUUUUGGAUCAGAACGAUAACAGCCCUCGCGUUCUGUAUCCUGUCCCGGGUGUUGAGGGCUCUGCCUUGUUUGAGAUGGUUCCUCACUCGGCAGAGCCAGGCUACCUAGUGACCAAAGUGGUGGCUGUGGAUGCGGACUCUGGGCACAAUGCCUGGCUCUCCUAUCAAGUGCUGCAGGCCACAGAGCCGGCCCUCUUCACCAUUGGGACCCACACAGGAGAGAUCAGGACGUCACGAGCCCUUCUGGAGAAAGAUGCUGUGAAACAGAAGCUGGUCAUCCUGGUGAAGGACAAUGGGAAGGCUCCGCUCUCAGCAACUGUGGUCCUCAAUCUUGUGAUUGCCGAGAACUUCCAAGAGGCACUUCCUGAAAUGACUAGGCAAUCCAGUGACACAGAACAUCAUUCUGACCUCCAGUUUUACUUGGUGCUGGCUUUGGCAUUGAUCUCAUUUUUAUUCCUCCUGACAGUGAUACUGGUCAUUGUCAUGAAACUUCGACAAUCAGGAAAUCCCAAAUUAUUCCAAUGCUUUGAACCUAAUGCUUUUUCUAAGGCGCAGGUCAUAUUUCCACCAAACUAUGAAGAAGGAACUUUACCUUAUUCCUACCAACUCUGUCUAUCGUCAGAGAUGAGGAAAGAGCAGAUCUCUUUCCCAAAACCCCAUAUCCAGGUGGCAGAAAACUUGCUAUGCAAUGAUAGCUCUCAGGUGGUUCUUGUGGAUGGCAACUGUGGGGAUGCCAGUGCCAAAGAGGAGGUUGGUGAGCAGGUAAGUUUUGCUUUCAGAAACUGUGAUGUUGGCAUUACAACCUUGUUCCUUGUAUGA